UAGAUCAGGCUUGGUUUUUGCAUAGACUGUAUAAAGGUUUUUGAUCUGACUGAUCUCAUUUUUACCAGGGCCAAAUGUAAAUAUAAACCACGCCCAAUAUUAGCUUCAAACCAGAGCCUCUCCACGGCUCUGCUUCAAAAUACAGUAUGUCCCGCCCACAGCUGGAAGCCCACACACUUUGUUGAUGUAGUCGCGUGACUGAGUGUAGCGACAAUUUGAGUUCAGUUCAGACGUCAGAAGCAGAUAUUGGCACCAGAAGACAAGAUGCCCCUCAUUUCUAUAAUUUACAAUCCUAUCAAUCAGAGCAAUACCUUCACCAGCGGGGAUUUCAUAUCGGGACAAGUCAUUCUGGAUGUAGCGAAGGACACACAAAUGCAGUCGUUGAGUGUGAAAAUUAAAGGGAAAGCAAAGGUGUGCUGGACCGAGCAUUAUGGUAAACCCACUGUUGUUUACUCGGAUGAGGAGAAGUAUUAUUCCGUACAGAGAUUUUUUGUUCGAGAAGACAAAACACAUGGAAACGAGAUGCUGAAAGAUCCAUCAGGACAGCCAUAUUCAUCAGUUGUGGCACCAGGGCGUCAUGUUUACCCAUUCACCUUUCAGUUGCCUCUACAGCACUUCCCACCAACCUUCAAAAGUUCAGUUGGAAAAGUUGUCUACACUUUGGAGACAAAACUAUCAAGAUCAAUGCGUAUUUCUAUGAAAGACAAAACAGAGUUUCACUAUGUCCCCAGACCGGAUGUGUCCAAUCCUGAACUAAUGGCGCCUCAGUACGGAACCAAAGAUAAACGAAUUAAACUCUUCCCCUCUGGGAGUAUCUCCAUGAACAUAAACACUGACAAAAUGGGAUACUACCUUGGGGAGGGCUUGAAAGUUUUGGUUGAAGUUCAGAACAGUUCUUCCCGUGCAAUCAAACCAAAAUACUGCUUGUAUGAAAAACAUAGUUUUUUUGCAAGAGGAAAAAGGAAACUUCACACACAUGACCUGCUCAAAGAGGAAGGGAAACCCAUUGAGCCGAACUCAAAGAAAACUGUCACCAAAGUGCUGUCCAUUCCACCCAGCCUUACCAUCUCUAUCCUCAACUGUAGGAUCCUCACGGUUGAGUACAGACUCAGGGUCUACCUGGAUGUACCGUAUGCCUCAGAUCCUGAGAUUAAAUUCCCAGUUGUGAUUCUUCCUCCUCAGCCUGUGUCAGGUGCCAAAAACAGUGACUUUGGAAUCUGGAAUCAACCACCAGAAAGCAAUAUGUACCCCAACCCACCUCUUAUUGCUCCACGAGCCCCAUCACUUAAUGUGGUUGGACCACCUGGUCAGUUUGAAGCUCCUGGUUACCCUGGUCCUCCUCAUGUACAAUUUGGAGCUCCUUGUUACCCUGGUCCUCCUCAUGUUCGAUUAGGAGCUCCUGGUUACCCUGGUCCUCCUCAUGUUCGAUUAGGAGCAUCUGGUUACCCUGGUCCUCCUCUUGGUCAGUUUGGUGCACCUGGUCUCCCUGGACCUCCUGGUCAGUUUGGUCCAAAUUAUCAUCAGUCUGACCCAUCAGCUCCACCUCCAUAUCAGGACUAUCAAUUAUAUCCACGGCUGCCAGACCACCCUGCAAAAUCUUGACAAAAUGGUUUUAAAAUCACCUUCUUCGCUUCUUUUGUCAUUAGAUAGUCUGAACAGUUUCAUGUAAAGAUUUGCAAGAAUGAUUCAUAUUAACAUGUAGCCUAUUUAUUUAUAUAAAUACUACAAAGUAAUGUUGAAUUUAAUAUGCUGAAACAUUAUCACAGUUGAAGAUUGGAUUCAAUUUUAAGUCAGAACAAUAGUUAAACAGUCUAUUAAAUAAUGCACAGUGAUGUUUUCAUAUCUUUAUUGAGGACACUUACUCUAGGCUGCACUCAAACUAAAUACUGAUACAUGUUUUAUUCUUUUUUUAAUGUGACUGACACAAUAAGUAAAACAUGUAUAGUUGUAAUUUUCGUUUAAUAUAAAUGUAUUAAUUUUU